AGCUGCCAACUCCAGUGAGAGCGCCCAUCCUUCCGGCCCUCAGAUGGCCCCUUCUGUCCAACUGGUCCUGCUUCUCACCGUCUUGCUCAUCCUGGCAGAGACUCCUGCCUCUUUACCUGUCCACCAGGGGCGAGGAGGCUGGACCCUCAACAGUGCUGGCUACCUUCUGGGUCCUGAGUUCCACCUUCCCCAGAAGGCUGACCAAGGCAGGAAGGAGAAGACAGCCCUCGAGAUCCUAGAGCUGUGGAAGGCCGUUGAUGGGCUCCCUUAUCCCCUCUCUCAGCAGGCCUCCAAGAGGAGUCUGAGCGAGACUUUUGCUGAACCAGAGAUUGGAGAUCAGAGUGAGCUUGGCAAGAGAGUUCCCAAGAGGGGAGACAUCCUGCAGUCAUAGAUGUCUCCAAACCUCUGCUCCUCAUCCUUCUCCUCUCCAGCUCCUCCUGAAGCCCUGUCUAGACACUCUCUACUGAGACUAAAAUCCUGAAGCUAAAUCCCCAAAUCUCGUGAUGGAAUUUUGGAUCAUUUGAAGAAUUAUUCUCAAAAGUCGCUGGACUGUUUCAGAUUUUACUAAUUAAUCUUUGGAAUAAGUAUAAAGUGUUGUUAACAAACUCAAGAAUAAUUCUGAAACCAUUUAGGAGAUUCUAGGUGGGGGGUAUCAGGGAAUAUUCCUGCAGUACAUUUAAAAUAAUUGUGUUCUUUUGGAAUCAUAACAGGAACUAUUGAACAAUACAAUAUUAUUAUCCCUU